AUGUCCGAGCGCGGGGCGAGCCGGGCUAGAGAGGGCAGGACCCGGCACAGGGGCUCAGAGUGGUCCCCGCUGAGGGAAACCAGGCGGCGGCGGAGACUGCACAUCUGGCGCCCCGGGCGCGCACGCUCGGCGCACCGCCCCCCCGGCCGGCCGCCGCAAUCUGCCGAGCGUCCGGCGAGGUGGCGGCGGUGUCAGGGGAGGCGGUGGUGUUCGCGAGAGGAGGGGAGAGGGUGGCUCCGCGCGCCGGGAGGGGAGUGUUAUGUGGGGCGCCGCGCCCCCCGCCCCCGCGCCAGGAGGACGCGCAGACGGGGCGGGGCGGGAGGGGAGCGCGGGGCGGGCGCCCGGGUGUCCCCACCUCCGCGUCGGGCCACCGCGCAGGGAGGGGGCGGGGUGCGUGUCGCCGUUUCACCCUUUGUGCGGCGCGGCGCAGGCCCGGGCGGCGGCCAGGGGCGCUUUGUCCUCACCGGGCGGGGACGGACGGUCCCGGGUGGGGUGGGGUGGGGAGGGGUCCUCAGUGCGCUCGUCCCCUCCCCGGGCGUCCCGCACUCACCCUCCGCAGCCACUGCCGGCGAUCUGCCGCUGGCUUGGGCCCAUCGGCCCCGGAUAAAGCUCGCGGGGCCCGGAGGCCGCAGAGGCGACUACGCACGGAGCCCGGGUGGCCCAGGCGUGCGCGCGGUGGCCCGGGACUGCAUCCUCCCCGGGCCAUCCUUCAUGUUUGUUAUGGUGUCGCGGCGGCCACCAGGCCCGCGAGAGCUGGGGGAGGCCGGGGAAAGGAGGCCCGGCGGUGUUGGGUUACCGGCGACUAGGGUCAGAAGAGCGAACAGGGAAGAGCGACUGGUGUGUCCCGCAAGUUGCCUGACCGCUCUGGCGCUUCCUCUGCACUCUGGGGUUCCGCCCGCCCUCCGCAUUCCUUCUGUCUUCACUCCUGUCCACUUAUCACCUCACACUGGACUCCGGCAACAGACUGCCUGCGCGAGAACCCCUCCCUGCUGCCAGAGUCAUGGCCUGAAACACCUCAGGACUCAGAUCGCCCCCCCCCCGCCCCCGCUCCGCUCUGCACUUGAUAAUCUUAUCUCCAAACUUCAUUGACUUAUUUCACUGACGCCUGAAACCCCUCUGCCAGCCGCUGCCUCCCUUUAAAGCACCCAACAAACGGCAAAGGCCAUGUUUAUUCUGAUCUAUUCAUUCCACCAGCCCUUACAGAAUCCCCCUGCCUUCGUCCUGAAGCUGUAUGAUGCUUUUUCAAACAGUCCGUAGACGUGCAUGUAGAAUGUGAGACAAGUUAGUGGCGUGCAGGUAGAGUCCUGGGGUCCCCGUUGAAUUGGCUGGGUGAGUUUGGUCAAAUGACUUAACCUUGUGAACCUUCUUCAGUUUGCUCUUGUUAAAAUAUGUGUCACUGGGUCUGGUUGAUUUUAGUUUUGGUUUGGUUUGGUUUUCAGGAAAACAGAUUGUGUCUGUAUUGGUAAUUAAA